CAUUCAUCUGCCACUGGGUCAAACAACUUAGCAGCCUGGGCAGCAGCUAGAAUUCCGACAAGAAGGAUAAAUUUCAUCUGAAAUAAAAUGAACUUUUUAAUAUUUGCUAGUAUUUUAGCAGUCGGUAAUGCAGUUAGCUUGUAUGAACUGGUUGCAGACGAAUGGAAUCUUUUCAAAUUGCAACAUAACAAACAUUACUCAACUGUCCGAGAAGAAAAAUAUAGAAAGAAAAUUUUCAUAGAAAACAAGAGCAUCAUUGCGAAGCAUAAUGCAAAAUAUGAACAGGGACUUGUCUCAUUCAAAUUGGGAUUGAAUUCACGUUCAGACAUGUUGUCUCAUGAAAUUAUUCAUAUAAUGAAUGGUUUCAACAAAUCUCACACAUUAACAAAUGGUGCUCGUCCCACAGGCUCGUAUUUUAUUCCUCCAGCAAAUGUAAAGUUACCAAAGCAUGUAGAUUGGAGAAAACAUGGAGCAGUGACUCCAGUGAAAGACCAGGGACAUUGCGGCUCUUGCUGGGCUUUCAGUACGACUGGUGCAUUGGAAGGGCAACAUUACAGAAAAACUGGGAAACUAGUUUCUCUGAGUGAACAAAAUUUAGUCGACUGUACAACUACAGAAGGAAAUGAUGGCUGUAGCGGUGGAUUGAUGGAAAAUGCAUUCACUUACAUCAAAGAAAAUAAUGGCAUUGAUACCGAAAUGUCUUAUCCUUAUGAAGCUCAGGAUGGCAAGUGUAAAUAUAACCCUAGUGAUUCUGGUGCAACUGAUUUUGGGUAUGUUUCUAUUUCUCCCGGAGACGAAGAUAUGUUAAAAGCUGCUGUUGCAACUGUUGGGCCCAUUUCGAUUGCUAUUGAUGCCAGUCAUCACAGUUUUCAUAAUUACCAAGAAGGUGUGUAUAACGAGCCUAAAUGCAAUGUGAACUUGUUGGAUCAUGCAGUUCUUGUUGUCGGCUACGGAACUACUGAUAAAAAUGAAGACUAUUGGCUAGUGAAGAACUCUUGGGGAACUUCAUGGGGAAUGGACGGUUACAUCAUGAUGGCAAGAAACCAGGACAACCAAUGUGGGGUUGCAAGUGAUGGUGUCUAUCCACUUGUGUAAUAUUUAGUAAAUUGUGUUAAUUAAUUUAAAAAAUCAAAUCUUGUCUAAAAAGAUAAUUACUAAUGAAUCAAAAACAGUUGCAAAAAACUUUGUAAAUUAUUUAAUGAAUAAAAAAAGUAAAAAAUAAAACAAUUUUUUUCACAUAUUUAAAA